GAGGCGAUCGCUUGUGUCAGUUUCGAGCCUGGGAUUGGUUGAUGCACUGCGACGUCAUCGUGUGGGCGUGAACCUUCGAACAUCAACAAAAGAAGGAAAAAGAGGACAGAGAAUGUCGAGAGCAGUCCAGACGAAAUAAGCGAUUAAUCUGGGACCAGAGUCCGAAUAUGUGGAUAUAAUUCUCACAAACAGCUUCACUGAGGGGAAAACCCGAAUCUUCAAGUUCCAGCAGAGAGAUGGACGCCGUCAAGCUGAUGAAAGAGCUGAGGGUGAACUAUGAGCAGGAGGCUUCCUAUCUUCCAAAAGAGACCGGACUGAGUCUCAUCGAAUCCACGGUGCAGGGGGACAGCAGGAUCUCCGCCAAGUGUAGAGACGCCAAAGUGGAGGAUCUCUGGAGUCUGACGAGCUUCUUUGACUACACCACACAGACCUUUGUUCUGGCUGUUAACCUGCUGGACAGAUUCCUGGCUAUGAUGAGGAUUCAGCCGAAGCACCUGUCCUGCAUCAGCCUCAGCUGCCUUCACAUGGCCGCCAAGGUGACGGAGGAAGAGUGCAACCUGACGCCCACCGACGAGCUCAUCCGCAUCGGCCAGUGCAGGUUCACAGUUUCCGACCUGUGCCGGAUGGAGAAGAUCGUGGCGGAGAAGCUCAACUUCAAGUCCAAAGCCGUCACCGCCUUAACUUUUCUGCACCUGUACCACCAGAUCACAGCUUCCUACUGCACCGACAGGAAGGAGACUCUGAGCCUGGACAAGCUGGAGGCUCAACUCAAAGCCUGUCUGUGCAGAAUCUCCUUUUCCAAAGCAAAGCCGUCCGUCCUGGCCCUGUCCCUCCUGAAGCAGGAGGUGGAAGCCAUCCAGUCAGAGGACAUGCUGGAGAUCACCCAUCACAUCCAGAGACACCUGAAGAUUGCAGACAGCGAGCUGCUGCUGUGGGGCGAGCGGGUGGCCCGCUGCCUGUCGGAGUACGCCUCCCCCGAGUGCAGCAAACCCAACCACAGGAAGCUGCAGUGGAUCGUGUCGCGGCGGACCGCCCAGAACCUGCACAGCCACCGCACCGCACCGGAGCUGCCCACCAUUCCAGAGGGCUGCUGGGACGAGAGCGAGAGCGACGACUCCUGUGAGGACACCAUGAGCUCAGGGGAGGAGUCUCUCAGCAGCUCUCUGGGCAGCGACGCCGAGGGCCCCUACUUCCCGCUUCGCCUCCGGCGCCAAAAGCCCCAGCAGUACCUCCACGCCUGAGGCUUCUGUUGCCCCGUGCCGACCCCCGCCAGCCUCUCACCCCGCCGUCUUUUAGUGUCGUCUUCUAUUGAGCACGCAGCGUGUGGCCGCUGAGCAGUCCUCCCGGUGGACCCACAGGUUCUGGUCCGGCUCGGUCGAGGCGUCACAUUCCAGGAAACGCCUUCAGGCACAAGAGAAGAACAGCCGUUCCGGUCUCCAGGUUCUGAUCCAGCCCGGUUCUUCUACAUUAGACCCUUGGGUCCAAUCGGAUGUUUCUUUGGGACCGUCGUAGAGGGCGGCUCGUGCUCUACUGCUGUACAGAGGCCAAGAGCAGCGGCGGCCGUCGGUGUGAACGCCGUGCUGGUUAGCCUGCAGGCGACGGCGCCGCUGCUCUGACGCCGCUCUCACGGUUUGAUUUGCACAUUUCUCCUGAGAGAAGCGGUGGUGCUGUGGGCCACGCUGCAUGACAGCAGCCCGUUUGUGUGGAUGUGUGUUUGUACGGACGUGCUUUAGUCUCAAGAUACCAACGUCACCAUCUCUGAAACUGGAAAAAGUUUAAAAAAAGUUUAAAAAUGUUUAAAAUGUUCAUAGAAAAAUGUGUAAAACUGUAAAUAAUGUACAAAAAAAACGGUUUAUAGAUAGCUGUAGAUAUUAAGUUAUUUAUUCCCCUUUGUCACCAAAAACAGAAAUAUAAAAAAACUAUUUUCAAUC